AUGGCACAAAGUCUUGAAUGGGACCCGAACACACCUUUGAAAAGCAUUGAGGAUGAUAUGGAGGAUAGUUUGGAUAUCCAGUUCACGGACACAGAGUCUGAGUCAGAGUACACCGAAACAAAUUCAGACAGGCUCUUUAUAGAUACGGAAGACGAUUUACCUACUGAGCAUUAUGAAAAGAGCUAUUCUCCUAGCGAUACUAUGGAAACAUCGUCUGAUGACAGCACAAGUAGCCAAGUGGAUGGAGUAGGUAUUUAUGGAGACAUAUCGGUACUUGAUGAGAGAGAAAUAAGUGGGAAAGAUGGUCCAGUGACGCAAAUUUGGAUCAAUGGUUGGGUAGAUGAGAACAUCUUCCGCCAAGUAAUGGAUAUUAUAAGAGGCGGAUAA